UCUCCUCGCAACGUCCCCCCUGCAUGGCCUCUCCUCUGCUGCUGCUCACAAGCGCCUCAACGCUGCUCGCAAGGGCGGCGAGUUGCGGCGGAGGGGCGGCAUGGCGUGGACUGACUUGUUCGGGUGCUGCGUGGGCGCUCUGAGGGGCCCGGCUCAGACGUUUCUACUGCUCGCCGCCUCUCUCUUCCUCCUCUCUGGCGACUGGCCCCCAGGCCUGCUCGCUCUGCUGCUCGCCACGCUCUCUCUGUUGCUUCAGGUGGGCCUCAGGUGCCGCCUCAGGUGGAUCGAGCACCACCUGCAGGAGGCAUCCCUAACCCUUCCCAAAGCCCUGGUGGUACGAAGCGGCCGGGUUGAGUCAGUCCCUGCGGCCACAGUGGUGGUGGGCGAUUUGGUGAUGCUUAUAAAGGGGAUGGAGGUGCCUGCAGACACACGCCUGAUCUACACUGCUGCGCUGCUAUUGGACGAAGGGGUUAUCCAUGGCAUGCUGCAUGCGCCCUCCCUCAAGUCCCACCUCCCCCCCUCCGCCUCUGCCGUCGACCCGCGACUCUGUGCGAAUGUGGCGCUGAGAGGGAGUGCGGUGGAGGAGGGGUGGGGGGUGGGCGUGGUGUAUGCUGUGGGCAGUGAUACCGUGCUUGGGGGGCUGGUGGGGGAGAGGGGCGGGGAGGAGUGGAGCGGGAAGGAGGGGAAGAGAGGAGGUGGAGGGGUGGGAGAGAAGCGGAAGGGGCGAAGGGAUGAGUGGGAGGAGGUAAUGGGGGAUGAUGAUGAUGACGACGAUGGGGACGAGGAGGAGGGGGCCAUGGUGGGAAUGCUUGAGGUGAGGCGCGAGGAGGGGCAGGGGGAGUGGAUCCCAUGUGACAAUAACGACCCCUCACAUCUCCCGCACCAUCCACACCACACCACCCACACACACCACGCUGACCCUGACCCUGACCAGCAAGGUGCCACCACCACCACCGAGCACGACAUCCCUGGCACCCACCUCUGGCCCUCCCCUGCCUCCCCUCUCCCCUCCGCCCUCCUCCCGUCCCUCCUCUCCCCCCUCUCCCUCCGCCUCGCCCGCCUGCUAGCAGUGUCAGGAGCAUGCCUGGCCGUCAUGGCGGCCCUCCUCUUCUCCCUCCGCCAGCGCCCCUGGCAGGACUGUCUGCUGCUGCUGCUCUCCCUGCACUUCUUCUCGCUGCCCGACUGCCUGCCGCUGCUGCCCGCAGCACACCUGGCAGAGGCAGCGUGGGGGCUGCGGAGAGCAGGCGUGGUGGUGAGAGCAGGGGGGCAGCGAGCAGUGGAGGCAGCGGCGCUGUGCCACUCCGCGCUCUUCCACCCAUCGCUGCUCCCCACGGCCCCCCCUGCUGCCACUGCAGUGGAUUCGCAUGCGGCACGGGGUGGUGGGAGUGGUGCAGUCGGUGGGGUGGGCGGAGGAGGGGGUGGUGAUGGUGGUCUCUGGGGAGGGGAAGGAGGAGGGGGAGGAGGAGGGGGAGUGCAAGGUGUAGAGGUGGCAGCGGUCCUAAUGGCAGAUGGAACCUGCCUCAGUGGUGCGUGCCUGAGAGGGGAGGAAGGGGAGGGGGGGAAGGAGCAGGUGAUGGUUCAUGGCAAUGUGGAGAGAAGCAAGGUGGUUGUGGGGCAGGGGGGUGGCAGCCAGGAGAGUGCGGAGGUUGGCUGUGAUACACCAACAGUGCUGCCACCAUCCGCAUCAGCAGCAUCAUCAUCAUCAGCAGCAGCAGCAUGGCCAUCAGCUCCAUGGUCGUUGUGUGCAGUGCUGGGAGCAUGGGCCGUGCUGUGUGACGUGGGCAUGGCGGGCAAUCGCAUGGUGCAGUGGCAGCACGCCGUGAGGCAUGUGAUGAGCGUGGGUGGCGAGGACGAUACAGAGGUUGAGGAGGGGGGGAUGAGGGAGACGAGAGGGAGUGGUGAUGAGCAGCCAGGGAAGGGGGAGGGGCGUAUGCCAGCAAGAGGGGAAGGGGGUGGGGAAGAGCGAGGAGGAGGUGGGGGAGGAGGAGGAGAGGAAAGGUGUGGCAGCAGUGGCGGUGCUGGGGGGAUUGCUGGAGGCGAAGAGGAGGGCGUGGGGGAGGGGGAGGGAGGAGGGAGCGAGCAGGGAGGGGAGGUGGAUUUGGCGCAGUGGUUGGCGUGGUGUGAUGGUGAGGGGCGUGGAUGCAUGGGGGGGAGUGAUGAUGUGGAUAGAGCUGUGCUCUCCGCUCUGGUUAAAGGCACGUGGGGUGGUGGGCGGAAGGAGACAGCUCAGCUCCAGCAACAACAGCAGCAGCAGCAGCAGCAGCAGCAGGAGCAGGAGCAGGAGCAGGAGCAGGAGCAGCAGGCGCAUCUAGAGCAGCAAGAGAAACAGCCAGAACAGCAAGAGCAACAGCCAGAGCAACAAGAGGAAGAGCAGCAGCAGCACGACUCCAGCGACCUUCACCCGUUGCACCCGUCUCUCCCCCUCUCCUCCUUCAUCCAAUCUCUCCUCUCCGCCAAGCGCUCAGGCUCUCUCCUCAUCCAUCCCCUUCCCCCCUCUCACCACCACCAUCACCCCCACCCUAUGCCACUUCACUCCUCUCCAACACACCUCGCCUCCUCUCCUCCUCCCUCUUCUCCUCCCGGCACCUCUUCUCCCCACUCUCCUCCCCUUCUCUCUGCCGAAAUCACGCUUGCUGGGAUGGUGAGGGGGAGGGAGAGAGACGGGAGUGUGGUGGUGACAAGAGGGGAGGGGGAGGAUGUACUGGCACUAUGCACACACCUGGUUGUAGAAAUUUGUGCCAGUACAGGUGGCAGUACAGGUGGCAGUACAGGUGGCAGUGGAGAGGGUUCAGAGACAGGGGUGGUUGCGAGAGCAGAGAUAGAUGGAGCAGCAACAAAGAGGCAAGGAUCAGAAGGAGCAGCAGUGCUGGGAGGGCUGUUGGAUGGGUGCCACGUGGCAAGGAUGGAUGACAGCCGUCGAUCGCACCUAAUGAGGCAGAUUCAAGACAUGCAGCAGGCAGGCAUGCGAGUCAUAGCAUGGGCCCAGAAGAUCCCACACAUGCCAAAAACCCACCCGCAAUUCCCGCACACACCUAGCCCUCACGCACAAAUCCCGCAGACACCUAGCCCGCAUGCGCAAUCCUUGCACACCCCAAGCCCCCACGCACAAAUCCCGUCGCCCUCUCGCCACACGCCUUCUUCCUCUCACUCCCACAUCUCCACCCCUCCACUGCACCCCCGGCAGCAUCAGCAGCAGUCCCCCCAGGAAAUUGGCCCCACAGCUGCAGGUGAAGAGCUCGCAGCAGCAGCAGCAGCAUCCCCAGCAGGAGGGACAGGGACGGAGCAGCGGGGUUGUUUGGGCAUGGCAGAGCAGGGUACAGAAGGGGGGGUUGUGUUUCUGGGAGCAGUGGGGGUGAGGGACGUGUGGGAUAUUGGAGCCACCCAAUGGGCGCUUGACAGGUGGCGACAUCAGGGUGUGCAGCCGGUGAUGGUGACAGCCAAUCACAAUGAUCCGGCACAUGCAUCUGCUUUCCAUCCCACGCGCAGUGACAGUGGAUCUGGCAGCAAGGAUAGCUCUGCUAUUGUUGCUGCCGCUUGUGAUGCUGCUGCUGAUGCUAUUGCAGUUGACAGCAGUGCGAUCGCAAUGGUGGGUGCUGCCUCUGCUUCUGCGACUGCUGCCUCUCCCAGUGCAGCUGCCAGCUGGCAAAACGUGCUCCGCAAUGUGCAGGUGCUGACAGGGCUGUGGGGCGAUGCUGAGUCAGCAGCAGCUGCGCAGCUGGCAUCCGAGGGCCACCGCCUCCUCUGGUUGCCCCACGCUGCCUUCAUCCCCGCUCACAUCACCACAUACACCGACUCCACUCUCCUCUCCCUCACCUCCUCCUCCCCUUCCUCCUCCCACUCGCCCCACUCACCCCCCUCCCCGGUGGUCAUCGCGCCUCUCUCCGCCUCGCCCUGCGUCGCCCAUAAGGCAGCCCUGCUGCUGCCGGAACCACCCCCAUCCGCCCCCCCUCCUGCCUCUGCUCUCACCAGCAGCGGUUGCCACACCAGCAUGAGAGGGCAGGGGGAGUUAGCAAUGGUGGUGGGGGUGGUGGGGGUGUGCCGGCGUGCGGUGAUGCUGCAUGUGCGCGCUGCUCUCGCCUUCCACAUGGGCGCUCGCCUUGGCCUCACUGCUGCCGUCGCCCUCUCUGCGCUGCUCCUCGGCAGCCUGCUGUUCGACCCGCUACACCUGGUCCUCCUCGACCUCUUCAUCACCCUCAUCUCCCUCAUUGCCUACGCUCCCACCCGCCACCUCUCCCUCACCUCAUCGCCCCACCACCACCUCCCCCAACCUCCCCUCUCACCCUCCUCAUUCACCCGCAGUUUGCUCUCCCCCGCUCUUACCAUUGCCACCUGCAUUUUCCUCCCCCUCGUCACCCUCUCAGUCUUCACCCUCCUCCUCUCCCUCUCUCUCUCCCCUUCCACCUUCACCACCCCAGCACCCCCUGGCAUGGCUGCCACACACGCAGCAGUAGCAGAUCGCUCCAUUGCCUUCAUUCUCACCUGCCUGCUGCUGCCCAUUCUAGCGCGCGUGCAGUGGAAUGCAGCCAUGCACUCCCACCGCCCCCUCAUACAGUCAAUGCGCUCGCCCUCCAACGCCGACCUCACUUGCUUUGCUUUCCUCGCCUUCGUGCUGCUGCUCGCCCUCUGGGGCGGGCUCCAGGAUGCGCUUGGCUUGCUGCACAUCCCUUUCCUGCUCUGGCUGUUGCUGCUGGGGCUCCCUUUCGCUGCUGCUGUGCUGCCGCACUGGCUUGGAAGGGAAGCAGUGAGUUUCGGUGGAGUCGGAAUGAGAGAGGGCGGGGUGGAGAUGAGUGCAGGUGGAGGUCAAGGUGCAGAGGCGAGGGAAGCACUGCUGCUGGUGAGAUCUAGAAGCAGCUCGUGAGGCCAGAUGAUGGGCAAAGGGGAAUGACAUGCAAUGACAUUGCUGGGUGUUGGUGUUACCGUAAAAGAAGACCCCCUAGCAGGCCCCUAGAUUGCAGGAAAAUUUUCCUGAUCCAAGAAAAAAACAGAGAUGUUGCUGGUGCCAGUCCUUGUCCAGGAUUUUU